CACGCCUUUGAUAUAUGAUGGAUUUUAUGCUUUCUUGUUAGUCUAAAAACUUCUGAACUAGAAAGUUGACCUAAAACGCAUCGCACAAAGCAUUGCAAGGAUUAUAAUAUCGUUAACUGUACAUGGUUAUGACUUUGAAGAGCAGGAGAAGUGUUCUUCUUUCUAAGAAAGAUGGCACAAGGAGAAUUUUACUCACCUUAUUGUGUUUGUGGUGUACUGUUAAAUCGGCAACUACAAUUGAUACAACAACCUCAACUCCAGAUACUACUCCAGUUUCACUGGAAGCAUCCACAUCAACAGCUUUCAGUACAUCAUCACCACCGACAACAACAGAUGUGACAACAGACAGCACAGUUUCCUCAACAAAUCCUACCACUUCAGAAACAACAACUGCAUCUUCAACAACUCCUACCAAUUCAGAAACAACAAGUGCAUCUUCAACAACUACAGACACUAAUACAACUUUACCCACAACAACAGAUGUGACAACAGACAGCACAUCAGUGUCCUCAACAACUCUUACCACUUCAGAAACAACAAGUGCAUCUUCAACAACACCUAUCACUUCAGAAACAACAAGUGCAUCUUCAACAACUACAGACACUAGUUCAACUUUACACACAAAAACAGAUGUGACAACAGACAGCACAUCAGUGUCCUCAACAACUCUUACCACUUCAGAAACAACAAGUGCACCUUCAACAACACCUACCACUUCAGAAACAACAAGUGCAUCUUCAACAACUACAGACACUAGAACAACUUUACCCACAACAACAGGUGUGACAACAGACAGCACAUCAGUGUCCUCAACAACUCCUACCACUUCAGAAACAACAAGUGCAUCUUCAACAACUACAGACACUAGAACAACUUUACCCACAACAACAGAUGUGACAACAGACAGCAUAUCAGUGUCCUCAACAACUCCUACCACUUCAGAAACAACAAGUGCAUCUUCAACAACUACAGACACUAGAACAACUUUACCCACAACAACAGAUGUGACAACAGACAGCAUAUCAGUGUCCUCAACAACUCCUACCACUUCAGAAACAACAAGUGCAUCUUCAACAACUACAGACACUAGAACAACUUUACCCACAACAACAGAUGUGACAACAGACAGCACAUCAGUGUCCUCAACAACUCCUACCACUUCAGAAACAACAAGUGCAUCUUCAACAACACCUACCACUUCAGAAACAACAAGUGCAUAUUCAACAACACCUACCACUUCAGAAACAACAAGUUCAUCUUCAACAACUACAGACACUAGUACCACUUUACACACAACAACAGAUGUGACAACAGACAACACAUCAGUGUCCUCAACAACUCUUACCACUUCAGAAACAACAAGUGCACCUUCAACAACACCUACCACUUCAGAAACAACAAGUGCAUCUUCAACAACUACAGACACUAGUACAACUUUACACACAACAACAGAUGUGACAACAGACAGCACAUCAGUGUCCUCAACAACUCCUACCACUUCAGAAACAACAAGUGCAUCUUCAACAACUACAGACACUAGUACAACUUUUCCCACAACAACAGAUCUGACAACAGACAGCACAUCAGUGUCCUCAACAACUCUUACCACUUCAGAAACAACAAGUGCAUCUUCAACAACACCUACCACUUCAGAAACAACAAGUGCAUCUUCAACAACUACAGACACUAGUUCAACUUUACACACAACAACAGACGUGACAACAGACAGCACAUCUGUGUCCUCAACAACUCUUACCACUUCAGAAACAACAAGUGCACCUUCAACAACACCUACCACUUCAGAAACAACAAGUGCAUCUUCAACAACUACAGACACUAGAACAACUUUACCCACAACAACAGAUGUGACAACAGACAGCACAUCAGUGUCCUCAACAACUCUUACCACUUCAGAAACAACAAGUGCAUCUUCAACAACACCUAUCACUUCAGAAACAACAAGUGCAUCUUCAACAACUACAGACACUAGUUCAACUUUACACACAACAACAGAUGUGACAACAGACAGCACAUCGGUGUCCUCAACAACUCUUACCACUUCAGAAACAACAAGUGCACCUUCAACAACACCUACCACUUCAGAAACAACAAGUGCAUCUUCAACAACUACAGACACUAGAACAACUUUACCCACAACAACAGGUGUGACAACAGACAGCACAUCAGUGUCCUCAACAACUCCUACCACUUCAGAAACAACAAGUGCAUCUUCAACAACUACAGACACUAGAACAACUUUACCCACAACAACAGAUGUGACAACAGACAGCAUAUCAGUGUCCUCAACAACUCCUACCACUUCAGAAACAACAAGUGCAUCUUCAACAACUACAGACACUAGAACAACUUUACCCACAACAACAGAUGUGACAACAGACAGCAUAUCAGUGUCCUCAACAACUCCUACCACUUCAGAAACAACAAGUGCAUCUUCAACAACUACAGACACUAGAACAACUUUACCCACAACAACAGAUGUGACAACAGACAGCACAUCAGUGUCCUCAACAACUCCUACCACUUCAGAAACAACAAGUGCAUCUUCAACAACACCUACCACUUCAGAAACAACAAGUGCAUCUUCAACAACACCUACCACUUCAGAAACAACAAGUGCAUCUUCAACAACUACAGACACUAGAACAACUUUACCCACAACAACAGGUGUGACAACAGACAGCACAUCAGUGUCCUCAACAACUCCUACCACUUCAGAAACAACAAGUGCAUCUUCAACAACUACAGACACUAGAACAACUUUACCCACAACAACAGAUGUGACAACAGACAGCAUAUCAGUGUCCUCAACAACUCCUACCACUUCAGAAACAACAAGUGCAUCUUCAACAACUACAGACACUAGAACAACUUUACCCACAACAACAGAUGUGACAACAGACAGCAUAUCAGUGUCCUCAACAACUCCUACCACUUCAGAAACAACAAGUGCAUCUUCAACAACUACAGACACUAGAACAACUUUACCCACAACAACAGAUGUGACAACAGACAGCACAUCAGUGUCCUCAACAACUCCUACCACUUCAGAAACAACAAGUGCAUCUUCAACAACACCUACCACUUCAGAAACAACAAGUUCAUCUUCAACAACUACAGACACUAGUACCACUUUACACACAACAACAGAUGUGACAACAGACAACACAUCAGUGUCCUCAACAACUCUUACCACUUCAGAAACAACAAGUGCACCUUCAACAACACCUACCACUUCAGAAACAACAAGUGCAUCUUCAACAACUACAGACACUAGUACAACUUUACACACAACAACAGAUGUGACAACAGACAGCACAUCAGUGUCCUCAACAACUCCUACCACUUCAGAAACAACAAGUGCAUCUUCAACAACUACAGACACUAGUACAACUUUACCCACAACAACAGAUCUGACAACAGACAGCACAUCAGUGUCCUCAACAACUCCUACCACUUCAGAAACAACAAGUGCAUCUUCAACAACUACAGACACUGGAACAACUUUACCCACAACAACAGAUGUGACAACAGGCAGCACAUCAGUUUCCUCAACAACUCCGACCACUUCAGAAACAACAAGUGCAUCUUCAACAACUACAGACACUAGAACAACUAUACCCACAACAACAGAUGUGACAACAGGCAGCACAUCAGUUUCCUCAACAACUCCGACCACUUCAGAAACAACAAGUGCAUCUUCAACAACUACAGACACUAGAACAACUUUACCCACAACAACAGAUGUGACAACAGGCAGCACAUCAGUGUCCUCAACAACUCCUACCACUUCAGAAACAACAAGUGCAUCUUCAACAACUACAGACACUAGAACAACUUUACCCACAACAACAGAUGUGACAACAGACAGCACAUCAGUGUCCUCAACAACUCCUACCACCUCAGAAACAACAAGUGCAUCUUCAACAACUACAGAAACUAGAACAACUUUACCCACAACAACAGAUGUGACAACAGACAGCACAUCAGUGUCCUCAACAACUCUUACCACUUCAGAAACAACAAGUGCAUCUUCAACAACACCUACCACUUCAGAAACAACAAGUGCAUCUUCAACAACACCUACCAGUUCAGAAACAACAAGUGCAUCUUCAACAACUACAGACACUAGUACAACUUUACCCACAACAACAGAUGUCACGACAGACAGCACAUCAGUGUCCUCAACAACUCCUACCACUUCAGAAACAACAAGUGCAUCUUCAACAACUACAGACACUGGUACAACAUUACACACAACAAUAGAUGUGACAACAGGCAGCACAUCAGUUUCCUCAACAACUCCUACCACCUCAGAAACAACAAGUGCAUCUUCAACAACUACAGACACUAGUACAACUUUACCCACAACAACAGAUGUGACAACAGGCAGCACAUCAGUUUCCUCAACAACUCCGACCACUUCAGAAACAACAACUGCAUCUUCAACAACUACAGACACUAGAACAACUUUACCCACAACAACAGAUGUGACAACAGGCAGCACAUCAGUGUCCUCAACAACUCCUACCACUUCAGAAACAACAAGUGCAUCUUCAACAACUACAGACACUAGAACAACUUUACCCACAACAACAGAUGUGACAACAGACAGCACAUCAGUGUCCUCAACAACUCCUACCACCUCAGAAACAACAAGUGCAUCUUCAACAACUACAGAAACUAGAACAACAUUACCCACAACAACAGAUGUGACAACAGACAGCACAUCAGUGUCCUCAACAACUCUUACCACUUCAGAAACAACAAGUGCAUCUUCAACAACACCUACCACUUCAGAAACAACAAGUGCAUCUUCAACAACUACAGAUACUAGUACAACUUUACCCACAACAACAGAUGUCACGACAGACAGCACAUCAGUGUCCUCAACAACUCCUACCACUUCAGAAACAACAAGUGCAUCUUCAACAACUACAGACACUAGUACAACUUUACACACAACAACAGAUGUGACAACAGGCAGCACAUCAGUUUCCUCAACAACUCCAACCACUUCAGAAACAACAAGUGCAUCUUCAACAACUACAGACACUAGUACAACUUUACACACAACAACAGAUGUGACAACAGGCAGCACAUCAGUGUCCUCAACAACUCCUACCACUUCAGAAACAACAAGUGCAUCUUCAACAACUACAGAAACUAGAACAACUUUACCCACAACAACAGAUGUGACAACAGGCAGCACAUCAGUUUCCUCAACAACUCCGACCACUCCAGAAACAACAAGUGCAUCUUCAACAACUACAGACACUAGUACAACUUUACACACAACAACAGAUGUGACAACAGGCAGCACAUCAGUUUCCUCAACAACUCCGACCACUUCAGAAACAACAAGUGCAUCUUCAACAACUACAGACACUAGAACAACUUUACCCACAACAACAGAUAUGACAACAGACAGCACAUCAGUGUCCUCAACAACUCUUACCACUUCAGAAACAACAAAUGCAUCUUCAACAACUACAGACACUAGAACAACUAUACCCACAACAACAGAUUUGACAACACACAGCACAUCAGUGUCCUCAACAACUCCUACCACUUCAGAAACAACAAGUGCAUCUUCAACAACUACAGACACUAGAACAACUUUACCCACAACAACAGAUGUGACAACAGACAGCACAUCAGUGUCCUCAACAACUCCGACCACUUCAGAAACAACAAGUGCAUCUUCAACAACUACAGACACUAGUACAACUUUACCCACAACAACAGAUGUGACAACAGGCAGCACAUCAGUUUCCUCAACAACUCCGACCACUUCAGAAACAACAAGUGCAUCUUCAACAACUACAGACACUAGUACAACUUUACCCACAACAACAGAUGUGACAACAGGCAGCACAUCAGUUUCCUCAACAACUCCGACCACUUCAGAAACAACAAGUGCAUCUUCAACAACUACAGACACUAGAACAACUUUACCCACAACAACAGAUGUGACAACAGGCAGCACAUCAGUUUCCUCAACAACUCUGACCACUUCAGAAACAACAAGUGCAUCUUCAACAACUACAGACACUAGAACAACUUUACCCACAACAACAGAUGUGACAACAGGCAGCACAUCAGUUUCCUCAACAACUCUGACCACUUCAGAAACAACAAGUGCAUCUUCAACAACUACAGACACUAGAACAACUUUACCCACAACAACAGAUGUGACAACAGGCAGCACAUCAGUUUCCUCAACAACUCCGACCACUUCAGAAACAACAAGUGCAUCUUCAACAACUACAGACACUAGAACAACUUUACCCACAACAACAGAUGUGACAACAGGCAGCACAUCAGUUUCCUCAACAACUCCGACCACUUCAGAAACAACAAGUGCAUCUUCAACAACUACAGACACUAGAACAACUUUACCCACAACAACAGAUGUGACAACAGGCAGCACAUCAGUGUCCUCAACAACUCCUACCACCUCAGAAACAACAAGUGCAUCUUCAACAACUACAGACACUAGUACAACUUUACCCACAACAACAGAUGUGACAACAGGCAGCACAUCAGUUUCCUUGACAACUCCGACCACUUCAGAAACAACAAGUGCAUCUUCAACAACUACAGACACUAGAACAACUUUACCCACAACAACAGAUGUGACAACAGGCAGCACAUCAGUUUCCUCAACAACUCCGACCACUUCAGAAACAACAAGUGCAUCUUCAACAACUACAGACACUAGAACAACUUUACCCACAACAACAGAUGGGAUAACAGACAGCACAUCAGUGUCCUCAACAACUCCUACCACCUCAGAAACAACAAGUGCAUCUUCAACAACUACAGACACUAGUACAACUUUACCCACAAUAACAGAUGUGACAACAGGCAGCACAUCAGUUUCCUCAACAACUCCGACCACUUCAGAAACAACAAGUGCAUCUUCAACAACUACAGACACUAGAACAACUUUACCCACAACAACAGAUGUGACAACAGGCAGCACAUCAGUUUCCUCAACAACUCCGACCAUUUCCGAAACAACAAGUGCAUCUUCAACAACUACAGGCACUAGAACAACUUUACCCACAACAACAGAUGUGACAACAGACAUCACAUCAGUGUCCUCAACAACUCCUACCACCUCAGAAACAACAAGUGCAUCUUCAACAACUACAGACACUAGUACAACUUUACCCACAACAACAGAUGUGACAACAGGCAGCACAUCCGUUUCCUCAACAACUCCGACCACUUCUGAAACAACAAGUGCAUCUUCAACAACUACAGACACUAGAACAACUUUACCCACAACACCAGAUGUGACAACAGGCAGCACAUCAGUUUCCUCAACAACUCCGACCACUUCCGAAACAACAAGUGCAUCUUCAACAACUACAGACACUAGAACAACUUUACCCACAACAACAGAUGUGACAACAGGCAGCACAUCAGUUUCCCCAACAACUCCGACCACUUCAGAAACAACUAGUGCAUCUUCAGCAACUACAGACACUAGAACAACUUUACCCACAACAACAGAUGGGAUAACAGACAGCACAUCAGUGUCCUCAACAACUCCUACCACCUCAGAAACAACAAGUGCAUCUUCAACAACUACAGACACUAGUACAACUUUACCCAUAACAACAGAUGUGACAACAGGCAGCACAUCAGUUUCCUCAACAACUCCCACCACUUCCGAAACAACAAGUGCAUCUUCAACAACUACAGACACUAGAACAACUUUACCCACAACAACAGAUGUGACAACAGGCAGCACAUCAGUUUCCUCAACAACUCCGACCAUUUCCGAAACAACAAGUGCAUCUUCAACAACUACAGACACUAGAACAACUUUACCCACAACAACAGAUGUGACAACAGACAGCACAUCAGUGUCCUCAACAACUCCGACCAUUUCCAAAACAACAAGUGCAUCUUCAACAACUACAGACACUAGAACAACUUUACCCACAACAACAGAUGUGACAACAGGCAGCACAUCAGUUUCCUCAACAACUCUGACCACUUCAGAAACAACAAGUGCAUCUUCAACAACUACAGACACUAGAACAACUUUACCCACAACAACAGAUGUGACAACAGGCAGCACAUCAGUGUCCUCAACAACUCUUUCCACUUCAGAAACAACAAGUGCAUCUUCAACAACUACAGACACUAGAACAACUUUACCCACAACAACAGAUGUGACAACAGACAGCACAUCAGUGUCCUCAACAACUCCUACCACCUCAGAAACAACAAGUGCAUCUUCAACAACUACAGACACUAGUACAACUUUACCCACAACAACAGAUGUGACAACAGGCAGCACAUCAGUUUCCUCAACAACUCCGACCACUUCAGAAACAACAAGUGCAUCUUCAACAACUACAGACACUAGAACAACUUUACCCACAACAACAGAUGUGACAACAGGCAGCAUAUCAGUGUCCUCAACAACUCCUUUCACUUCAGAAACAACAAGUGCAUCUUCAACAACUACAGAAACUAGAACAACUUUACCCACAACAACAGAUGUGACAACAGGCAGCACAUCAGUUUCCUUGACAACUCCGACCACUUCAGAAACAACAAGUGCAUCUUCAACAACUACAGACACUAGAACAACUUUACCCACAACAACAGAUGUGACAACAGGCAGCACAUCAGUUUCCUCAACAACUCCAACCACCUCAGAAACAACAAGUGCGUCUUCAACAACUACAGACACUAGAACAACUUUACCCACAACAACAGACGUGACAACAGGCAGCACAUCAGUUUCCUCAACAACUCCAACCACUUCCGAAACAACAAGUGUGUCUUCAACAACUACAGACACUAGAACAACUUUACCCACAACAACAGAUGUGACAACACACAGCACAUCAGUGUCCUCAACAAUUUCUACCACUUCAGAAACAACAAGUGCAUCUUCAACAACUACAGACACUAGAACAACUUUACCCACAACAACAGAUGUGACAACAGGCAGCACAUCAGUGUCCUCAACAACUCUUACCACUUCAGAAACAACAAGUGCAUCUUCAACAACUACAGACACUAGAACAACUUUACCCACAACAACAGAUGUGACAACAGGCAGCACAUCAGUUUCCUCAACAACUCCGACCACUUCAGAAACAACAAGUGCAUCUUCAACAACUACAGACACUAGAACAACUAUACCCACAACAACAGAUGUGACAACAGAUGUGACAACAGGCAGCACAUCAGUUUCCUCAACAACUCCGACCACUUCAGAAACAACAAGUGCAUCUUCAACAACUACAGACACUAAAACAACUUUACCCACAACAACAGAUGUGACAACAGGCAGCACAUCAGUUUCCUCAACAACUCCGACCACUUCAGAAACAACAAGUGCAUCUUCAACAACUACAGACACUAAAACAACUUUACCCACAACAACAGAUGUGACAACACACAGCACAUCAGUGUUUUCAACAACUCCUACCACUUCAGAAACAACAAGUGCGUCUUCAACAACUACAGACACUAGAACAACUUUACCCACAACAACAGAUGUGACAACAGGUAGCACAUCAGUUUCCUCAACAACUCCGACCACUUCAGAAACAACAAGUGCAUCUUCAACAACUACAGACACUAGAACAACUUUACCCACAACAACAGAUGUGACAACAGGUAGCACAUCAGUUUCCUCAACAACUCUGAUCACUUCAGAAACAACAAGUGCAUCUUCAACAACUCCUUCCACUUCAGAAACAACAAGUGCAUCUUCAACAACUCCUUCCACUUCAGAAUCAACAAGUGCAUCUUCAACAAAUCCUAUCACUUCAGAAACAUUAAGUGCAUCAUUAACAGCUCCUACCACUUCAGGAACAACAAUUGCUUCUUCAACAACUCAAACCACUUCAGAAACAACAAGUGCAUCUUCAACAACUCCUUCCACUAGUACAACUUUACACAGAACAACAGAUGUGACAACAGACAGAACAUCAGUUUCCUCAACAUCUCCUACCACUUCAGAAUCAACAAGUUCAUCUUCAACAACUCCUACCACUUCAGGAUCAUCAAGUGCAUCUUCAACAGCUCCUACCACUUCAGAAACAUCAAGUGCAUCUUCAACAACUCCUACCACUUCAGAAACAACAAUUGCAUCUUCAACAACUCAUACCACUUCAGAAACAACAAGUGCAUCUUCAACAACUCCUUCCACUAGUACAACUUUACACAGAUCAACAGAUGUGACAACAGACAGUACAUCAGUUUCCUCAACAACUCCUACCACUUCAGGAUCAUCAAGUGCAUCUUCAACAACUCCUACCACUUCAGAAUCAACAAGUGCAUCUUCAACAACUCUUACCGCUUCAGAAACAUCAAGUACAUUUACAACAACUCCUACCACUUCAGAAAGAAUAACUGCAUCUUCAACAACUUCUACCAAUUCAGAAAAAACAAGUGCAUCUUCACCACAUACAGACAAUAGAACAACUUUACCCACAACAACAGAUGUGACAACCGACAACACAUCAGUUUCCUCAACAACUCUUAUCACUUCAGAAACAACAAAUGCAUCUUCAACAACUCCUACCACUUCAGGAUCAUCAAGUGCAUCUUCAACAAGUCCUACCACUUUAGAAACAUCAAGUGCAUCUUCAACAACUCCUACCACUCCAGAAACAUCAAGUGCAUCAUUAACAGCUCCUACCACUUCAGGAACAACAAUUGCAUCUUCAACAACUCAUACCACUAUAGAAACAACAAGUGCAUCUUCAACAACUCCUUCCACUAGUACAACUUUACACAGAACAACAGAUGUGACAACAGACAGUACAUCAGUUUCCUCAACAUCUCCUACCACUUCAGAAUCAACAAGUGCAUCUUCAACAACUCCUACCACUUUAGGAUCAUCAAGUGCAUCUUCAACAACUCCUGCCACUUUAGAAACAUCAAGUGCAUCUUUAACAACUCCUGCCACUUCAGAAACAUCAAGUGCUUCUUUAACAACUCCUACCACUUCAGGAACAACAACUGCAUCGUCAACAACUCAUACCACUUCAGAAACAAGUGCAUCUUCAACAACUCAUACCACUUCAGAAACAACAAGUGCAUCUUCAACAACUCCUUCCACUAGUACAACUUUACACAGAACAACAGAUGUGACAACAGACAGUACAUCAGUUUCCUCAACAACUCUUACCACUUCAGAAACAACAAGUGCAUCUUCAACAACACCUACCACUUCAGAAACAACAAGUGCAUCUUCAACAACUCCUACCACUUCAGAAUCAUCAAGUGCAUCUUCAACAACUCCUACAACUUCAGAAACAACAAGUGCAUCUUCAACAACUCCUACCACUUCAGAAACAACAAGUGCAUCUUCAACAACUCCUUUCACUUCGGAAAGAUCAAGUGCAUCUUCAACAACUGGCAGUACAGGACCACCAACAACAACAAAAGCUGGAACAAUGGACAGCACAACAAUUUCCUCAGCAACAUCUACCACUCCAGAAAGUACAACUGCACCUGCAACCACCACAAUUUCGACAUCAAAUACCAUUUUACCCACAACAACAAUAACAACAAGAGAUGUGACAACAGACAGCACAUUUUCCUUGGCAACACUUACCACCUCAAAAAUUACAACUGUACCCACAAGUACAACAACAGGGUCAACUAUGGCACCACCCACAACAACAUUUGUGACAACCGACAACUUAGCUAUUUCUUCAACGUCUCCAACCACUUUAAAAACUACACCUGUGUUUACAACCACUGCUUUAGGUACAGCUUCAUUCACAUCAACAAUUAUGACAACAGAAAACAUAACAUUUUCCUCGACAAUGCCUGGAAUUACAACUACAUCUGCAAUAAGUGCAACAGCAGCACAAAGUAAAACGGCAUCUACAUUAGCAGUUGUGACGAUAGACGGAUCAACAUUUUCCUUACCAGCUCCCCAAACAACAACUACUUCUGAAAUAAGUACAGCUUCAAAUGCAGUUUCAUCCACAGCUCUGUCAACAGAAAGCAGUACAUUUUCCUCAACGACCUCAACAACUUUAAAAACUGUAACAGCACCUGAAACAAGCACAACUGCAGCUUCAAGUACAGCUCCAUCCACAUCAACAGGUGUGACAACAGAAAGAACAACACUUUCCUCACUAGCUCCCCAAACUGCACCUGCUACAAGUACAACUGCAGCUUUAAAUGCAGUUUCAUCCACACUUGUGUCCACAGAAAGUAGUACAUUUUCCCCAACCACCCCAACAACUAUAAAAACUGUAACGGCAACUGAAACAAGCACAACUGCAGCCUCGAUUACAGCUCCAUCCACAUCAACAAGUGUGACAACAGAAAGAAUAACACUUUCCUCACUAGCUCCCGAAACUGCAACUGCAACAAGUACAACUGCAUCUUUCAGUGCAGUUUUUUCCCCAACCACCCCAACAACUUUAAAAACUGUAACAGCACCUGAAACAAGCACAACUGCAGCUUCAAGUACAGCUCCAUCCACAUCAACAGGUGUGACAACAGAAAGAACAAUAUUUUCCUCACUAGCUCCCCAAAAUACAACUGCACAUGCAUCAAGUACAACUGCAGCUUUAAGUACAGUUUCAUCAACAGUUGUAUCCACAGAAAGUAGUACAUUUUCCUCAACCACCCCAAUAACUUUAAAAACUCUAACAGCAGCUGGAACAAGCACAACUGCAGCUUCAAUUACAGCUCCAUCCACAUCAACAGGUGUGACAACAGAAAGAACAACAUUUUUCUCACUAGCUCCCCAAACUACAACUCCACAUGCAACAAGUACAACUGCAGCUUCAAGUACAGCUCCAUCCUCAUCAACAGGUGUGACAACAGAAAGAACAAUAUUUUCCUCACUAGCUCCCCAAAAUACAACUGCACAUGCAACAAGUACAACUGCAGCUUUAAGUGCAUUUUCAUCCACACCUGUGUCCACAAAAAGUAGUUCAUUUUCCUCAACUAACCCAACAACUUUAAAAACUGUAACAACACCUGGAACAAGCACAACUGCAGCUUCAAGUACAGCUCAAUCCUCAUCAACAGGUGUGACAACAGAAAGAACAAUAUUUUCCUCACUAGCUCCCCAAAAUACAACUGCACAUGCAACAAGUACAACUGCAGCUUUAAGUGCAGUUUCAUCCACACCUGUGUCCACAAAAAGUAGUUCAUUUUCCUCAACUAACCCAACAACUUUAAAAACUGUAACAACACCUGGAACAAGCACAACUGCAGCUUCAAGUACAGCUCAAUCCUCAUCAACAGGUGUGACAACAGAAAGAACAAUAUUUUCCUCAAUAGCUCCCCAAAAUACAACUGCACAUGCAACAAGUACAACUGCAGCUUUAAGUGUAGUUUCAUCCACAGCUGUGUCCACAGAAAGCAGUACAUUUUCCUCAACCACCCCAACAACUUUAAAAACUCUAACAGCAUCUGGAACAAGCACAACUGCAGCUUCAAGUACAGCUCCUUCCACAUCAACAGAUGCGCCAUCAGAGAGUACAAGAUUUUCUUCAACACCUCCUGCCACUUCAGAAACAGCUGCCCCAACAACAAGCACAACUAAAACUUUAAGUAUAGCUCCAUCCACAGCAACAGCUAUGACCACAGAAAGCACCCCAAUGUCAUCAAGGAUUCCUCCCCUUCUUAAAACUACUAAGCUUGCAACAAGCACAAUUGCUGCUUCAUCAACACCUACAACUUCUCAAACUGCAUCUUCCAUUACCACAAAAGCUUCCACAAGAACCGUUUUGACUCCGGAAAGCACAACUUUUGCCUCAACAAUUGCAUCAGUAUUGACUACAAUUACGUCUUCCAAUAUGACUUUAUCUUCACCUAUUGCACAUGCACCAACAACUACAGCUUUCACAAUCACAACUUUGCCUACAGAUUCUAGAUCAGCUACAACCUCAACUCGUACAUCACCAACAAUGCAUAAAUCUACACAAGGUUUAACAGCAUCUGCAACAACCACAAUUAAACUUUUCACACCCACUACAGUACCUUCAUUUACCUCAACAUCAACUCCAACCUUAACAAAAACUACUGCCAUUCCAACAAAAAGUGCUUCUCUAGCAUCAACAAUGUCGACAACUAUAAAUCCCACAAGCUCAUCCACAGCACAAAGUUCAAACACAACCACACAUCAAACCACAACUGCAUUUCAAGUCACAACUGCACCUUUAUCAAGUACAACUAUAGCUUUCACAAAGACAGUUCCAGCUCUGAGCCAAGCAACACAUUUUACCAGAACAACUACACCUCCAAUAACCACAACUGUGUCUCCGGAAAACAUAACUGUAGCUGUGACAAUUACAUCUUCAACCUCAGUAAGUGCAACAGCUACUUCAAGGACGAUUAUAACUCCAACUACUACAACUCCAACAAAAACAACUAGAACUUCAACUUUAUCAUUGACAACUUUGACUGUACCCACAACAAUUCCAUCUCAAAUCUCAACUACAGCUGUAAGCACAACAGCUAUGAGCAAAGUUCCAAGCACAAUAUCUGUAUUUCAGACAACUACAGCAGGUCAAUUAAGAACAACUACAACUUUUACAACCACACCCACAAUUCCAGGACAAACACCAGUGCCAGCCAUAACCACACAAGCUGAAACCACAACAAGCAGUGCUGAACCUUUGGUGUCUCAAAUGUCAACAAGCAAGUUCCCGGUGACUUUAAAUCAAAUAUCUGGUUCUGCAGUGGUGACAGGCAAAGUGGUGUUCAACUCCCCAUCUCCAGUCCCCAGUGAUGCUCUGGUGUUCACUGCUAUCCAAACUCUCAUGGACUCCAGAGGAUCACAACUUAGUGAAUCCGUGAAGGUGGCAAAAGUCACUUAUGAAAAAAUCUCAGACACCUCCUAUGCAGUCAUCUUUACAUUUACUCUGAGUAACAUCAGCAUCCCAGAAGACCCUAAUCUAAAAAACAACACUUACAAUCAAGUGCAAAAUAUUGUCAAUACUGCGCUGAACACUCUUCUGAAUGGGCCUACCUCUCCAGAUUUUAAACCCACAUCCUCUGACUUCACGAGCACAUCAGACCAAAUUAAUGGCGUGAUGGUUUACACCUUCCAAGAUGGAGAUGCGAUACAACCAGUUAGCUUCCUAGAUCUGCUUCAUUUACCAAUAGGAUCAACAACUACAACUGUGUCUCCUCUGACAUCAAGCAAAUUCCCAUUGACUUCUCUGAAACCACUAUCUGGUUCAGCAGUGGUGACAAGCAAACUGGUGUUCAACUCCUCAUCUCCAGUCCCCAGUGAUGCUCUGGUGCUCACUGCUAUCCAAACUCUCAUGGACUCCAGAGGAUCACAACUUAGUGAAUCCGUGAAGGUGGCAAAUGUCACUUAUGAAAAAAUCUCAGACACCUCUUAUGCAGUCAUCUUUACAUUUACUCUGAGUAACAUCAGCAUCCCAGAAGACCCAGAUCUAAAAAACAACACUUACGAUCAAGUGCAAAAUACCGUCAAUACUGCACUGAACACCCUUCUGAAUGGGCCUACCUCUCCAGUUUUUAAACCCACAUCCUCUGACUUCACGAGCACUUCAGACCAAAUUAAUGGUGUGAUGGUUUACACCUUCCAAGAUGGGGAUGCGAUACAACCAGUUAGCUUCCUAGAUCUGCUUCGUUUACCGAUAGGAUCAACAACUACAACUGUGUCUCCUCUGACAUCAAGCCAAUUCCCAUUGACGUCUCUGAAACCACUAUCUGGUUCAGCAGUGGUGACAAGCAAACUGGUGUUCAACUCCUCAUCUCCAAUCCCCAGUGAUGCUCUGGUGCUGACUGCUAUCCAAACUCUCAUGAACUCCAGAGGAUCACAACUUAGUGAAUCCGUGAAGGUGGCAAAUUUCACUUAUGAAAAAAUCUCAGACACCUCAUAUGCAGUCAUCUUUACAUUUACUCUGAGUAACAUCAGCAUCCCAGAAGACCCUAAUCUAAAAAACAACACUUACAAUCAAGUGCAAAAUAUUGUCAAUACUGCGCUGAACACUCUUCUGAAUGGGCCUACCUCUCCAGUUUUUAAACCCACAUCCUCUAACUUCACGAGCACUUCAGACCAAAUUAAUGGCGUGAUAGAUUACACCUUCCAAGAUGGAGAUGUGAUACAACCAGUUAGCUUCCUAGAUCUGCUUCGUUUACCGAUAGGAUCAACAACUACAACUGUGUCUCCUCUGACAUCAAGCCAAUUCCCAUUGACUUCUCUGAAACCACUAUCUGGUUCAGCAGUGGUGACAAGCAAAUUGGUGUUCAACUCCUCAUCUCCAAUCCCCAGUGAUGCUCUGGUGCUCACUGCUAUCCAAACUCUCAUGGACUCCAGAGGAUCACAACUUAGUGACUCUGUGAAGGUGGCAAAUGUCACUUAUGAAAAAAUCUCAGACACCUCCUAUGCAGUCAUCUUUACAUUUACUCUGAGUAACAUCAGCAUCCCAGAAGACCCUAAUCUAAAAAACAACACUUACAAUCAAGUGCAAAAUAUUGUCAAUACUGCGCUGAACACUCUUCUGAACGGGCCUACCUCUACAGUUUUUAAACCCACAUCCUCUGACUUCACGAGCACAUCAGACCAAAUUAAUGGCGUGAUGGUUUACACCUUCCAAGAUGGGGAUGCGAUACAACCAGUUAGCUUCCUAGAUCUGCUUCGUUUACCGAUAGGAUCAACAACUACAACUGUGUCUCCUCUGACAACAAGCCAAUUCCCAUUGACGUCUCUGAAACCACUAUCUGGUUCAGCCGUGGUGAUAAGCAAACUGGUGUUCAACUCCUCAUCUCCAGUCCCCAGUGAUGCUCUGGUGCUCACUGCUAUCCAAACUCUCAUGGACUCCAGAGGAUCACAACUUAGUGAAUCCGUGAAGGUGGCAAAUGUCACUUAUGAAAAAAUCUCAGACACCUCAUAUGCAGUUAUCUUUACAUUUACUCUGAGUAACAUCAGCAUCCCAGAAGACCCUAAUCUAAAAAACAACACUUACGAUCAAGUGCAAAAUACCGUCAAUACUGCGCUGAACACCCUUCUGAACGGGCCUACCUCUCCAGUUUUUGAACCCACAUCCUCUAACUUCACGAGCACUUCAGACCAAAUUAAUGGCGUGAUAGAUUACACCUUCCAAGAUGGAGAUGUGAUACAACCAGUUAGCUUCCUAGAUCUGCUUCGUUUACCGAUAGGAUCAUCCACUACAACUGUGUCUCCUCUGACAUCAAGCCAAUUCCCAUUCACUUCUCUGAAACCACUAUCUGGUUCAGCAGUGGUGACAAGCAAACUGGUGUUCAACUCCUCAUCUCCAGUCCCCAGUGAUGCUCUGGUGCUCACUGCUAUCCAAACUCUCAUGGACUCCAGAGGAUCACAACUUAGUGAAUCCGUGAAGGUGGCAAAUGUCACUUAUGAAAAAAUCUCAGACACCUCAUAUGCAGUCAUCUUUACAUUUACUCUGAGUAACAUCAGCAUCCCAGAAGACCCAGAUCUAAAAAACAACACUUACAAUCAAGUGCAAAAUAUUGUCAAUGAUGCGCUGAACACUCUUCUGAAUGGGCCUACCUCUACAGUUUUUGAACCUACAUCCUCUAACUUCACGAGCACAUCAGACCAAAUUAAUGGCGUGAUGGUUUACACCUUCCAAGAUGGGGAUGCGAUACAACCAGUUAGCUUCCUAGAUCUGCUUCGUUUACCGAUAGGAUCAACAACUACAACUGUGUCUCCUCUGACAUCAAGCCAAUUCCCAUUGACGUCUCUGAAACCACUAUCUGGUUCGGCAGUGGUGACAAGCAAACUGGUGUUCAACUCCUCAUCUCCAGUCCCCAGUGAUGCUCUGGUGCUCACUGCUAUCCAAACUCUCAUGGACUCCAGAGGAUCACAACUUAAUGAAUCCGUGAAGGUGGCAAAUGUCACUUAUGAAAAAAUCUCAGACACCUCAUAUGCAGUCAUCUUUACAUUUACUCUGAGUAACAUCAGCAUCCCAGAAGACCCUAAUCUCAAAAACAACUCUUACAGUCAAGUGCAAAAUAUUGUCAAUACUGCGCUGAACACUCUUCUGAACGGGCCUACCUCUACAGUUUUUGAACCUACAUCCUCUAACUUCACGAGCACAUCAGACCAAAUUAAUGGCGUGAUGGUUUACACCUUCCAAGAUGGAGAUGCGAUACAACCAGUUAGCUUCCUAGAUCUGCUUCGUUUACCGAUAGGAUCAACAACUACAACUGUGUCUCCUCUGACAUCAAGCCAAUUCCCAUUGACGUCUCUGAAACCACUAUCUGGUUCAGCAGUGGUGACAAGCAAACUGGUGUUCAACUCCUCAUCUCCAGUCCCCAGUGAUGCUCUGGUGCUCACUGCUAUCCAAACUCUCAUGAACUCCAGAGAGUCACAACUUGGUGAAUCCGUGAAGGUGGCAAAUGUCACUUAUGAAAAAAUCUCAGACACCUCUUAUGCAGUCAUCUUUACAUCUACUCUGAGUAACAUCAGCAUCCCAGAAGACCCUAAUCUAAAAAACAACACUUACAAUCAAGUGCAAAAUAUUGUCAAUACCGCACUGAACACUCUUCUGAAUGGGCCUACCUCUCCAGUUUUAAAACCCACAUCCUCUAACUUCACGAGCACAUCAGACCAAAUUAAUGGCAUCAUGGUUUACACCUUCCAAGAUGGAGAUGCGAUACAACCAGUUAGCUUUCUAGAUCUGCUUCAUUUACCGAUAGGAUCAACAACAUCAACUAUGUCUCCUCUGACAACAAGCAAUUUCCCAUUGACGUCUCUGAAACCACUAUUUGGUUCGGCAGUGGUGAUAAGUAAACUGGUGUUCAACUCCUCAUCUCCAAUCCCCAGUGAUGCUCUGGUGCUCACUGCUAUCCAAACUCUCAUGAACUCCAGAGAGUCACAACUUAAUGAAUCCGUGAAGGUGGCAAAUUUCACUUAUGAAAAAAUCUCAGACACCUCAUAUGCAGUCAUCUUUACAUUUAUUCUGAGUAACAUCAGCAUCCCAGAAGACCCUAAUCUAAAAAACAACACUUACGAUCAAGUGCAAAAUAUUGUCAAUACCGCACUGAACACUCUUCUGAAUGGGCCUACCUCUCCAGUUUUUGAACCCACAUCCUCUAACUUCACGAGCACUUCAGACCAAAUUAAUGGUGUGAUAGAAUACACCUUCCAAGAUGGAGAUGUGAUACAACCACUUAGCUUCCUAGAUCUGCUUCGUUUACCGAUAGGAUCAACAACUACAACUGUGUCUCCUCUGAUAUCAAGCCAAUUCCCAGUGACUUCUCUGAAACCACUAUCUGGUUCAGCAGUGGUGACAAGUAAACUGGUGUUCAACUCCUCAUCUCCAGUCCCCAGUGAUGCUCUGGUGCUCACUGCUAUCCAAACUCUCAUGAACUCCAGAGGAUCACAACUUAAUGAAUCCGUGAAGGUGGCAAAUGUCACUUAUGAAAAAAUCUCAGACACCUCAUAUGCAGUCAUCUUUACAUUUACUCUGAGUAACAUCAGCAUCCCAGAAGACCCUAAUCUAAAAAACAACACUUACAAUCAAGUGCAAAAUAUUGUCAAUACUGCGCUGAACACUCUUCUGAAUGGGCCUACCUCUCCAGUUUUUGAACCCACAUCCUCUAACUUCACGAGCACAUCAGACCAAAUUAAUGGCGUGAUAGAUUACACCUUCCAAGAUGGAGAUGUGAUACAACCAGUUAGCUUCCUAGAUCUGCUUCGUUUACCGAUAGGAUCAACAACUACAACUGUGUCUCCUCUGACAUCAAGCCAAUUCCCAUUGACGUCUCUGAAACCACUAUUUGGUUCGGCAGUGGUGACAAGUAAACUGGUGUUCAACUCCUCAUCUCCAGUCCCCAGUGAUGCUCUGGUGCUCACUGCUAUCCAAACUCUCAUGAACUCCAGAGGAUCACAACUUAAUGAAUCCGUGAAGGUGGCAAAUGUCACUUAUGAAAAAAUCUCAGACACCUCAUAUGCAGUUAUCUUUACAUUUACUCUGAGUAACAUCAGCAUCCCAGAAGACCCUAAUCUAAAAAACAACACUUACGAUCAAGUGCAAAAUACCGUCAAUACUGCGCUGAACACUCUUCUGAACGGGCCUACCUCUCCAGUUUUUAAACCCACAUCCUCUAACUUCACGAGCACAUCAGACCAAAUUAAUGGCGUGAUGGUUUACACCUUCCAAGAUGGUGAUGCAAUACAACCAGUUAGCUUCUUAGAUCUGCUUCAUUUACCGAUAGGAUCAACAACUACAACUGUGUCUCCUCUGACAACAAGCAAAUUCCCAUUGACAUCUCUGAAACCACUAUCUGGUUCAGCAGUGGUGACAAGCAAACUGUUGUUCAACUCCUCAUCUCCAGUCCCCAGUGAUGCUCUGGUGCUGACUGCUAUCCAAACUCUCAUGAACUCCAGAGGAUCACAACUUAAUGAAUCCGUGAAGGUGGCAAAUUUCACUUAUGAAAAAAUCUCAGACACCUCAUAUGCAGUCAUCUUUACAUUUACUCUGAGAAACAUCAGCAUCCCAGAAGACCCUAAUCUAAAAAACAACACUUACAAUCAAGUGCAAAAUAUUGUCAAUACCGCACUGAACACCCUUCUGAACGGGCCUACCUCUCCAGUUUUUGAACCCACAUCCUCUAACUUCACGAGCACUUCAGACCAAAUUAAUGGCGUGAUAGAUUACACCUUCCAAGAUGGAGAUGUGAUACAACCACUUAGCUUCCUAGAUCUGCUUCGUUUACCGAUAGGAUCAACAACUACAACUGUGUCUCCUCUGACAUCAAGCCAAUUCCCAUUGACUUCUCUGAAACCACUAUCUGGUUCGGCAGUGGUGACAAGCAAACUGGUAUUCAACUCCUCAUCUCCAAUCCCCAGUGAUGCUCUGGUGCUCACUGCUAUCCAAACUCUCAUGAACUCCAGAGGAUCACAACUUAAUGAAUCCGUGAAGGUGGCAAAUUUCACUUAUGAAAAAAUCUCAGACACCUCAUAUGCAGUCAUCUUUACAUUUACUCUGAGUAACAUCAGCAUCCCAGAAGACCCAGAGCUCAAAAACAAAUCUUACAAUCAAGUGCAAAAUAUUGUCAAUACCGCACUGAACACCCUUCUGAACGGGCCUACCUCUCCAGUUUUUAAACCCACAUCCUCUAACUUCACGAGCACAUCAGACCAAAUUAAUGGCAUCAUGGUUUACACCUUCCAAGAUGGAGAUGCGAUACAACCAGUUAGCUUCCUAGAUCUGCUUCGUUUACCGAUAGGAUCAACAACAUCAACUAUGUCUCCUCUGACAACAAGCAAUUUCCCAUUGACGUCUCUGAAACCACUAUUUGGUUCGGCAGUGGUGAUAAGUAAACUGGUGUUCAACUCCUCAUCUCCAGUCCCCAGUGAUGCUCUGGUGCUCACUGCUAUCCAAACUCUCAUGGACUCCAGAGGAUCACAACUUAAUGAAUCCGUGAAGGUGGCAAAUGUCACUUAUGAAAAAAUCUCAGACACCUCUUAUGCAGUCAUCUUUACAUCUACUCUGAGUAACAUCAGCAUCCCAGAAGACCCUAAUCUAAAAAACAACACUUACAAUCAAGUGCAAAAUAUUGUCAAUACUGCGCUGAACACUCUUCUGAACGGGCCUACCUCUACAGUUUUAAAACCCACAUCCUCUAACUUCACGAGCACAUCAGACCAAAUUAAUGGCGUGAUAGAUUACACCUUCCAAGAUGGAGAUGCAAUACAACCAGUUAGCUUCUUAGAUCUGCUUCGUUUACCGAUAGGAUCAACAACUACAACUGUGUCUCCUCUGACAACAAGCAAAUUCCCAUUGACAUCUCUAAAACCAGUAUCUGGUUCAGCAGAGGUAACAAGCAAAAUGGUAUUUAACUCAUCUCCAGUCCCCAGUGAUGCUCUGGUGCUCACUGCUAUCCAAACUCUCAUGGACUCCAGAGGAUCACAACUAAGUGAAUCCGUAAAUGUGACGAAUGUCACUUAUGAAAGAAUCUCAGACACCUCUUAUGCAGUCACCUUUACAUUUAGUCUGAGUAACAUCAGCAUCCCAGAAGACCCUGAGCUCAAAAACAACACUUUCGAUCAAGUGCAAAUUAUUGUAAAUACCGCGCUGAACACUCUUCUGAACGGGCCUACCUCUCCAGUUUUUAAUCCCACAUCCUCUAACUUCACGAGCAAAUCAGACCAAAUUAAUGGCAUGAUAGAUUACACCUUCCAAGAUGGAGAUGCGAUACAACCAGUUAGCUUCCUAGAUCUGCUUCGUUUACCAAUCGAUUCAACAACAACCACAACACAACCACCGACUGUGCUUGGAAAGGUGGUCAUUUUCAUUAAACUGGUGUUUAUCACCAUCGGUCCAGCUCCAAGUGAGGAGAGUGUACUACAGAUAGCUAACAGUUUUCUAGACACACGUCUGAGAACCGUCCGAUCAGUCUCAACACCAACCCUGAGUGAUCCUGUGAGCAUUGUGAAUAUCACCUAUCAGAGAUUGGCUGAAAACACAUAUUCCAUUAACUUUGGAUUUGAAAUCAAAGAUGUGCUUAUGUCUGAGGAGCCUCAGCUCAGAAAUGACACCUACACAUCAAUUCAAGACAAAAUAAAUGGGUUGCUGAACAAAAUCCUAAAUGACCCCUCAGCUGUAUUUACAUUCAACGCAGCCAAUUUUACGCGUAACUCCUCAGUGAUUGUUGCCGAUGUAAAGUAUGUUUUCAACCAAAGUGACAUCAGUACACCCAGCAUCUUUGUUCAAGAACUUCUCAAAGUUAAUGGAGUUACCACAACACCAGUACCGACUGUGCUUGGGAAAGUGAUCAUUUUCAUUAAACUGGUGUUUAUCACACGUGGUCCGGCUCCAAGUCGGGAAAGUGUACUACAGAUAGCGAACAGUCUUUUAGACGCACGUCUGAGAACUGUCCGAUCAGUCCCAACACAAACCCUGAAUGAUCCUGUGAGCUUUGUGAAUAUCACCUAUGAGAAAUUGGCUGAUAACAAAUAUUCCAUCGACUUUGGAUUUGCAAUCAACGAUGUCAACAUGUCUGAGAAAAUUGAAUUCAGAAAUGACACGUACUUAUCAGUUCAAAACAAAAUAAAUGGAUUGCUGAACAAGAUCCUAAAUGACCCCUCAGCUGCUCCAUUUACGUUCAACCCAGCCUUAUUUACAAGUAACUCCACUGUGAUUCGUGCCGAUGUGCAGUAUGUUUUCAACGAAUCUGACAUCGGUACGCCCAGCAUCUUUCUUAAAGAACUUCUCAAAGCUAAUGGAGUUAUCACCACAGCUGCACCUGCCAGAACCACCUUUUACCCUAUGGUGGUCAACACUGGGGCAAACAAUAGCAGUGCAGCGUGGGUUGUGGCUAUAAUUGUUCCCUGUGCUAUAGCCAUCAUGCUUGUACCUUGCUGGAUUCUCCUUUGUUGUUUGCUCUGUGGUUGCUGUGCACGAAUAAGGCGACGUUGGCACAGGAGGCAGUCAUACAACAUACAGUACAACACUCACAAUCUCUUCUAGAGGGUUCACAAAUAUUCAAUGAGCAAAAACAAGACUGAGCACCACUAACUACAUAAAAAAUAAAUUAAUUUUCCUAAAAGUUAAAUAUUAAUGCACAUAUUAAAAAUUAUUUAUUUUAUGUGACUGUAUUGCUGGACAUACAGGAUCUGUCUAAAAAUGAAAAUAUUGAAAAUGUCACAAAUUUGCUGUAGUAUAUAAUGGAUUAAUAUUUAUUUGUAUUUAUUUAUAAAAUUAUUCAGUUAACAGCAUGUAAAAUUAUUUUCUUAAUAUAUGUAUAUGUAGUUUUAAAACAUUUUAUUAAUGUUGUACAAUGUUCAAAUUUUAUUUUUGUAACUUCAGGCACUUUAACAUCUGUUCUAAAUUGACAUAUUAUUUUAAACUGUAUAAACUUUAAUAAAAAUAUUUACCCAUGUAAAAGAUAGUGUUUGCAUUAUUUU